AUGGUCUACAACGGAAAAUCCUACAACACCGACACGACAGAAACUCCUACAACAUCGACACAAUGGUCUACAACGGAAACUCCUACAACACCGACACAACGGAAACUCCAACAACACCGGCACAACGGUCAACAACGGAAACUUCUACAACACCGACACAACGGUCUACAACGGAACCUCCUACAACACCGACACAACGGAAACCCCUACAACAUCGACACAAUGGUCUACAACGGCAACUCCUACAACACCAAAACGGUCUACAACGGAAAAUCCUACAACACCGACACAACAGAAACUCCUACAACACCGACACAACGGAAACUCCUACAACAUCGACACAAUGGUCUACAACGGAAACUCCUACAACACCAAAACGGUCUACAACGGAAAAUCCUACAACACCGACACAACGGAAACUCCUACAACACCGACACAACGGAAACUCCUACAACACCGGCACAACGGUCUACAACGGAAACUCCUACAACAACACAUCAGUCUACAACGGAAACUCAUACAACACCGACACAACGGAAACUCCUACAACAUCGACACAACGGUCUACAACAGAAACUCCAACAACACCAAAACAACGGAAACUCCUACAACACUGGCACAACGGUCUACAACGGAAACUCCUACAACACUGGCACAACGGAAACUCCUACAACACCAAAACAACGGAAACUCCUACAACAUCGACACAACGGUCUACAACGGAAACACCUACAACACUGGCACAACGUUCUACAACGGUUAAUCCUAAAACACCGACACAACGGAAACUCCUACAACACCGGCACAACGGUCUACAGCGGAAACUCGUACAACAUCACAACGGUCUACAGCGGAAACUCCUACAAUAUCACAACAAUCUACAACGGAAACUCCUACAAUACCGGCACAACGGUCUACAACGGAAACUCCUACAACACCGACACACCAGUCACAACGGGCUACAACGGAAACUCUUACAACACCGACACAACGGUCUACAACGGAAACUCCUACAACACCGGCACAACGGUCUACAACGGAAACUCCUACAACAUCACAACGGUCUACAGCGGAAACUCCUACAAUAUCACAACAAUCUACAACGGAAACUCCUACAAUACCGACACAACGGGCUACAACGGAAACUCUUACAACACCGACACACCAGUCUACAACGGAAACUCCUAA